AUGAAUCCUCCAUUCCAAGAUCGCGAUGUUCGUAUCAUGCUUUUGUCGCUCACCGACGCCGAAGCGCCGAGAAGAACGUGUGCCACGCUGCAGGAAGUUUUGAACGAAGCAAUUCCACAAGCAACGUCCUUCUCUGAUGCCCCAAACGCACUCAAUCACAUCGACCAAGAUCCACCAAGCGCAAUCGUCGUCCUAGAUGCGGAAUUGAUGGACGAGCAGGCAGUAAACAGAGAGCUUGCCGAGACUGUACGAGACUACGCAGUCAAGGGUGGUACGGCUAUUAUCUGGUGCGCUCGCCAAUUGGUCACAGAUGCACAAAGGAAGCAACAAGCCCAUGCCUUCUUCAGCAAGUACUCUAUGGUAUGGACACUUGGUGAUUCCAAACUGUCACGAUCGAAUGUGGUUGAAGAAACGAAAGCGUUGUUACCGCUUGGGCCUUCGAGUCGUUUCCUACCCUCGUCGUACCUCGCCCAAAGUCUCCACCUCAACAACGUUUCGCAAGGCCAACUCUACUUGCCAGAAGAUGACAGUCGUCAAAUCCCCACGGUCUAG